CCGGGGGUGCUGUGUGACGCUGCCCAGAAGGCAUACGGGCACAUAAGCAGACGAUAAAAAGGAAGAUGGCGCCGUCCUCUUGUUGCGCCGUCGUCUGUAACGGCUGCUGCUGCUUCCUGGCGCUUUUUCUGGCGAAUUUUCUACUUAGCGUAGUAGACGCGGACCGACCGACAAAGUCAAAAGUCUACUACAUGGAUGACCUGUGCGGGUCGUCGCACACGGCUUCCAUCACGGUGGGAGUGGCGGGCCUCGAGUCGGCGGUGGUGCUGCGUGCCACCAAGCACCACAUCGACCACGACUUCAACUGCACGGUGAACGUGACCACGAGGGUUGACCGGAGCCUGCUGUACAGCAUCUCGUUCCUGGAUCUGCCCAUGACCUGUCUUUCUACCUGGAGGUACCCGCGUACACCUCUCCUAUGAAUUAUGGUUUGACGUCGCAAGCAAACUAUCGAGUAUUUGAGACGCCCUAGUGGAGGGCUACGGAUUAUUUGCGUCCAUCUGCGAUUGCUAAACCGAUUGCAUAAAAAAAAAUUUAUGCGCAUGAGCGCUUUUACCAUCUGGAGUAGAACCCGUCAAUUCGUGCUCAGCCGCAAAACAUUAUUGUCGCAGAGCCGCCAUAGCGGAUAAGUCUACGUUCAGGGGACUUGGGGAGUUGCAUUGAGGUCUAAUAAGGCAGGGAGUAAAAUCGCUUAAAUUGAAACUAAAUAGUUUU